AUGGGUUUUGUUGAUUUCUUCGAAACCUAUAUGGUCGGUUCUAGGGUCCAGUUUAAACAGUUAGAUAUUUCUGAUUGGUUGAGCCUGACCCCAAGAUUGCUUAUUCUUUUUGGGUACUUUUAUAUUCAUUCUUUUUUUACUGCAAUCAAUCAGUUUCUACAGUUUGUUAACACGAACUCCUUUUGUCUUAGAUUGCACUUACUAUAUGACAGAUUUUGGUCGCAUGUCCCCAUUAUAGGCGAGUAUAAAAUUCGGCUACUUUCGAGGGCACUGACAUAUACUAAAGUAAAAAUAAUACCAACCUUAGACAAGGCACUGGAAGUGAUUGAAAUAUGGUUUCAGUUACAUUUGGUUGAAAUGACCUUUGAAAAAAAAAAAAACAUCCAAAUUUUCAUUAGCGAAGGAAGUGAUGACCUUAACUUUUUCAAGGAUAACAAAUUUCAAACUACAUUAAUAAUAUGUAAUCAUAGAUCGGUCAACGACUACACUUUGAUUAAUUACCUUUUUUUCAAAAGCUGUCCCACCAAAUGUUAUACUAAAUGGGAGUUUAUACAAAAGUUACGGAAGGGGGAAGAUUUACCUGAAUGGCCUCAGUUGAAAUUUCUUGGUUGGGGAAAGAUGUUCAACUUUCCUCGAUUAGAUCUACUAAAGAAUAUAUUCCUGAAAGAUGAAACUCUCACUUUGUUACCGGAUAAGCUAAGAAAUAUUUUAGAAACACAAAAUAAUCAAGCUAUAACUAUUUUCCCCGAAGUAAAUAUUAUGAGUUUGGAGCUAUCAAUUAUUCAAAGGAAACUACAUCAAGAUUUUCCCUUUGUUAUAAAUUUCUACAACUUAUUAUACCCAAGAUUCAGAAACUUCACCAGUUUGAUGGCUGCCUUUUCAUCAAUUAAAAACAUCAAGAGAAAAAAAAACCAUAACAAUAUCAUCAAAGAGGCCCGACACCUGCUUCACAGAGAAAUUGAUAAAUUAGUUCAUAAGAGUAUAACAAUUGAGUCUUCCAAGGUGUCCGAUAAGAUAACGCCGCCCAUGAUCGUAGAUAAUUCAUAUUUGCUUAAAAAAAAGGAAGAAAUCAGCAGCGUCAAGCCCAAGAUAGUACGAAUCAAUCCAUAUAUUUAUGAUUUUACGGUGAUUUAUUACAGAGUCAAAUAUACGGAUAGCGGGCAUGAUCAUAUUAAUGGAGAUUUGAAACUUCAUAAAGGUUAUCAAUUGGAGCAAAUUUCUCCAACAAUCUUUGAAAUGAUUCAACCAGAAAUGGAGUCCGAAAAAAGUAUAAAAGAUAAAGACCCCAUUGUGGUGAUGGUAAAUAUAAAAAAGCAUCAAAUUCAACCACUACUCGCAUACAAUGAUGAAAGUUUGGAAAAGUGGCUUGAAAACAGGUGGAUAGAAAAAGAUAGGUUAAUCGAGUCCUUGCAAAAAAAUAUUAAAAUUGAGACCAAAUAA